UGUGCCAAAACCAUGGUUGAAACUACUGAAGAAACAUGUUGUGUCAAAUGUGGGUUGUAUCUUCAUUCUUCUGGGCUUGGAGAAGAUUGUGGAGAUGGAGUUUAGGUGUCCCUGCGAUCCUAAAUGGAACAGGCUGUUUACGUCUGCAUUCUUUAUCAUUCCUGCCAUUACAGCAUUCAUGAUGAUGCUAAAAAUACUAGGACCUGGGUGUAACAAAGUGUGUAAGGGGGCACUUGUGUAUUUCUCAAGCCUCAUCCCUGCAUUGGUGUGGUUGGUCAUACUGUUCUUCGAUGGCCAGUACUUUGCUUGUGUAAAGUCAAACUGGAAUGGCACAUUUGUCAUUUCUAAGGAAGAUGCUCCUCGGAAAUGGUGUGAGCCAGAUGAGGAUGUACCCACUCAAAUGGAUCACCAUCGGGAAUUCCUUGUUCAGUCUCAGGUGAGAAACCAGACAACUUUUAUAUUAAUGAUAUAUAGCAAUUGAUUUUUUAAAGAAUGUAACUUAUGAUUAAAAAAACAAUAAAGAGUUCACCCCGGUCCCCACCACUUGGUUUGGUAAACAGCUGAGGGAUGGGGCUGGAGAAAUGUUAUCACUGAAAUGUACAGACAGAGAUAUCGAUUCAAGGACUAGCUUAUGGUUGUGGGUGGAGCAGUUGCCGUACCAGGCGGUGCACAGGGCGGGGUCGGGACCCAGGGUUUCAAGCUUAAUGAUGAGUUUGGAGGGUACUAUGGUGUUAAAUGCUGAGCUGUAAUCGAUGAACAGCAUUCUCACAUAGGUAUUCCUCUUGUCCAGAUGUGUUAGGGCAGUGUGCAGUGUGCAGGGAAAGACUUUCCCUGGUGGAGCGUGCCCGGUAGAUUUAGUUUGGGCACAUACUGAACAUGAGUUGACAUAGUGGGCCACAUCCUGAGCCAAGGUGGGCCACCAGUAUUUCUCAGAGACGGAGUGAAUGGUGCGGGUGAUAUCUGGGUGUCCAGUAGUGAGGGAUGUGUGCGCACAGGUCAACUCAUCCCUUACCUCCGAGGGAACAUACAUACGCUAAGGAGGGCAGGUAGCUGGCGCUGGUUUCCUCUCCAGAGCCUGGCGGAUGGGUAUUUGUCCGUAUUGCCCAGCUCUACACCCAAAAAAAAUAAUACAGCCAGUAAAUAGUUACCAAGAAAAACGCAAAAAAACGUAUCUUUCGUCUCUCUGUGUUUCAUUAAUGUCCUUCAAUUCUCAAGAGGCUGAAUGUAUCUCACUGGAGAAAGUAUCAGAGCAAACAAAACAGCUCUGUCUCAACAGUUUUUACCCCCAAGCCAUAAGACUCCUGAACAGGUAACCAAAUGGUUUUCCGGACUAUUUGCAUUGUGUUCCCCCCCCCCAACCCCUCUUUUUUACGUGCUGCUUUGUUUAUCAUAUAUGCAUUGUCACUUUAACUAUAUAUUCAUGUACAUACUACCUCAAUUGGCCCGACCAACCAGUGCCCCCGCACAUUGGCUAACCAGGCUAUCUGCAUUGUGUCCCACCACCCGCCUGUUCAUCAUAUGGGGCGGCAGGGUAGCCUAGUGGUUAGAGCGUUGUACUAGUAACCGAAAGGUUGCAAGUUCGAAUCCCCGAGCUGACAAGGUACAAAUCUGUCGUUCUGCCCCUGAACAGGCAGUUAACCCGCUGUUCCUAGGCCGUCAUUGAAAAUAAGAAUUUGUUCUUAACUGACUUGCCUAGUAAAAUAAAGGUAAAAUUUAAAAAAUAUAUAUAUAUACAGUGGGGAGAACAAGUAUUUGAUACACAGACAAUUUUGCAGGUUUUCCUACUUACAAAGCAUGUAGAGGUCUGUAAUUUUUAUCAUAGGUACACUUCAACUGUGAGAGAUGGAAUCUAAAACAAAAAUCCAGAAAAUCACAUUGUAUGAUUUUUAACUAAUUAAUUUGCAGUUUAUUGCAACACUGUGUGCUAGCUAUUAAACUAGCAUCCAAUGUUAUGGUGCAUUCCCGCCGCCUACUGUAUUACAGCGCCCCUGCCUCCCGCUUAUGUACCACAGUCAAAAAACGGACCAAUAGCGGUAUAAAGAGGGUUUCCUGCACACGCAGGAACUUUCCAAAUUGCGGACUGUUCUGGGUUUUUUUGUGCUUAGGCCUUGGAGGUGUAGGUUCAGGCUGAGGCUCAGAAUCAGAAGAAUAAUCAUCAGAGAUGUCAUCAUGAUUCAUUUCUUCCCCACCGUCUGAGUUGGUUUCAUUCAGAUUGUGUAGUAAUGCUAAUGCAGCAUGUGCAUUCAUUUGUCUUGGUCUUCUUGCUAUUGUAAAUUACACCUGCUCUCACUGUGUCCUCAAAGUAGGCUGAUAAAACUGCUUGGAUUUGGUGGACUGAUAUAGGGUACAUACCAUUUUGAGAUUAUAAUUAGAAUAUACCAAUACAAUACAAUGCCUGUCCUGUUCUUCAUUCACAAUUGGUGAUUACAUAUUUAUGCAUCGUUUGCUUCCCCUCAUUCGUCAACUCACCCAUUCUCCCCCUUUCUCCCCAUCAUACUUAAUAAUAAUUUACUUUGUCUGUUGUUAUAAGCUGUGUGAAGUUCAUUUCGGUAUAGUUUAGGUUCAGUUUCGAGGCAAUUAUUGCGGUGAUUAUCAACUGGGCAUGGUACCUUGGCACUUCAACUAUCGGGAGAAGGAGAGGAGCAGGCCCUACUAUCGGGAGAAGGAGAGGAGCAGGCCCUACUAUCGGGAGAAGGAGAGGAGCAGGCCCUACUGUCGGGAGAAGGAGAGGAGCAGGCCCUACUAUCGGGAGAAGGAGAGGAGCAGGCCCUACUAUCGGGAGAAGGAGAGGAGCAGGCCCUACUGUCGGGAGAAGGAGAGGAGCAGGCCCUACUGUCGGGAGAAGGAGAGGAGCAGGCCCUACUAUCGGGAGAAGGAGAGGAGCAGGCCCUACUAUCGGGAGAAGGAGAGGAGCAGGCCCUACUAUCGGGAGAAGGAGAGGAGCAGGCCCUACUGUCGGGAGAAGGAGAGGAGCAGGCCCUACUAUCGGGAGAAGGAGAGGAGCAGGCCCUACUGUCGGGAGAAGGAGAGGAGCAGGCCCUACUAUCGGGAGAAGGAGAGGAGCAGGCCCUACUAUCGGGAGAAGGAGAGGAGCAGGCCCUACUAUCGGGAGAAGGAGAGGAGCAGGCCCUACUAUCGGGAGAAGGAGAGGAGCAGGCCCUACUAUCGGGAGAAGGAGAGGAGCAGGCCCUACUGUCGGGAGAAGGAGAGGAGCAGGCCCUACUAUCGGGAGAAGGAGAGGAGCAGGCCCUACUGUCGGAAGAAGGAGGGGCAACAGGGGAGAACCUUUCAAAAAAGUCAUUGCUCUGGCUCUGCUCUUGGUCAUCUUUGCGGCACUCACAUUUUUCUUGUGCUUAAAAUGCUGCUGCACAGGACUGCAAACAGAGAUAACAGAGCAGCAGAAGGAAGUUGACAAGAAUGAUGGCAAGAAAGAUGUCAAGAAAGUUUUUGUGUCACAUGUGGUUUGUAGCUUCAUCCUUCUGGGCUUGGAGAAGAUUGUAGAGAUGGAGUUUAGGUGUCCCUGCGAUCCUAAAUGGAACAGGCUGUUUACGUCUGCAUUCUUUAUCAUUCCUGCCAUUACAGCAUUCGUGGUGAUGAUAAUAGUACAAGGACCUACUUGUAAACAAGUGUGUAAGAGAGCGUGUAAGGGGGCACUUGUGUAUUUCUCAAGCCUCAUCCCUCCAUUGGUGUGGUUGAUCAUACUGUUCUUCGAUGGCCAGUACUUUGCUUGUGUAAAGUCAAACUGGAAUGGCACAUUUGUCAUUGCAAAUGAAGAUGCUCCUCGGAAAUGGUGUGAGCCAGAUGAGGAUGUACCCACUCAAAUGGAUCACCAUCGGGAAUUCCUUGUUCAGUCUCAGGUGAGAAACCAGACAACUUUUAUAUUAAUGAUAUAUAGCAAUUGAUUUUUUAAAGAAUGUAACUUAUGAUUAAAAAAACAAUAAAGAGUUCACCCCGGUCCCCACCACUUGGUUUGGUAAACAGCUGAGGGAUGGGGCUGGAGAAAUGUUAUCACUGAAAUUUACAGACAGAGAUAUCGAUUCAAAGACUGACAAUACAUGAGAUCAAAAUUAUAGUUUUAACCAUGUUUUGAAGCUAUACAACGUUUUCUCAUGUAGCUCACGGGUAUGUGUGAAACUACAUAGACAUUAAAACCAGUACAUAGUGAUAGCUCUGACGUCAUCCCGAUGAAGCCGAAAGUAUUUGAAUCUGAAGCUCAUCAUCCCACCAUAUUGCUGAAUGGGGUUGGACGGUGUCAUGUAAACAUCUUCUCAGCGUGAAAUAGUUCCCAAUCCUUCUGAUUGGGUUCUGAUUGGGUUCUGAUUGGGUUCUGAUUGGGUUCUGAUUGGGUUCUGAUUGUGUUCUGAUUGGGUUCUGAUUGUGACGUUGUGUUGUAAAAGAGACUUUUUGUGAUUGCAAAGACCAGUCUCAACGUCAACAGUGAAGAAACGAUUCCGGGAUGUUGGCCUUCUAGGCAGAGUUGCAAAGAAAAAGCCAUAUCUCAGACUGGCCAAUAAAAAUAAAAGAUUAAGAUGGGCAAAAGAACACAAACACUGGACAGAGGAACUUUGCCUGAAGGCCAGCAUCCCGGAGUCGCCUCUUCACUGUUGACGUUGAGACUGGGGUUUUGCGGGUCCUAUUUAAUUAAUCUGCCAUUUGAUGACUUGUGAGGCAUCUGUUUCUCAAACUAGACACUAAUGUACUUGUCCUCUUGCUCAGUUGUGCACCGGGGCCUCCCACUCCUCUUUCUAUUCUGGUUAGAGUCAGUUUGUGCUGUUCUGUGAAGGGAGUAGUACACUGCCUACAGUAGCAUUGUACGAGAUCUUCAGUUUCUUGGCAAUUUCUCACAUGGAAUAGUCUUCAUUUCUCAGAACACAAAUAGACUGACGAGUUUCAGAAGAAAGUACUUUGUUCCGUCCAUUUAGAGCCUGUAAUCGAACCUACAAACGCUGAUGCUCCAGAUACUCAACUAGUCCAAAGGCGGACAGUUUUAUUGCUUCUUUAAUCAGAACAACAGUUUUCAGCUGUGCUAACAUAAUUGCAAAAGGGUUUUCUAAUGAUCAAUUAGCCUUUGAAAAUGCUAAACUUGGAUUAGCUAACAAAACGUGACAUUGGAACACAAAAGUGAGGGUUGCUGAUAAUGAGCCUCUGUAUGCCGAUGUAGAUAUUCCAUAGAAAAUCUGCCGUUUCCAGCUACAAUAGUUAUUUACAACAUUAACAAUGUCUACACUGUAUUUCUGAUCAAUUAGAUGUUAUUUUAAUGGACAAAAAAUAUAUUUUUUCUUUCAAAAACAAGGAAAUAUCUAAGUGACCCCAAACUUUUGAAUGGUAGUGUAUGUCUAUAUAUCAUUAAUUUAAAAAAUCCCUAAAUGUAUUUUCCAAUCCCAGAAUGCUUUAAUUGCACAGCAAAAUCAAAUGACAGAACGAUUCUACCUGCAAAUUCAACCCGCCAAAUGUUAAAACCUCUCUAGGUGAAAUUGCAGAGUGCCAAAUUCAAUAUACAGAAAUACUCAUAAUAAACAUUCAUAAAAUAUACAGGUGUUAUACAUCGGCUUAAAGAUGAACUUCUUGUUAAUCCAGCCGCUGUGUCAGAUUUCAAAAAGGCUUUACAGCAAAAGCAUACCAUGCGAUUAUCUGAGGACAGCGCCCCGCUUACAAAAGCAUACAAACAUUUUCCAGGCAAGUAUAUUACUCACGAAAGUCAGAAAUAGCGAUAAAAUUAAUCACUUACCUUUGAUGAUCUUCUUAUGGUUGAACUCACAAGACUCCAUGUUACACAAUAAAAUGUUUGUUUUGUUCGAUAAAGUCCCUCUUUAUAUCCAAAAAACUCAGUUUUGUUCAGUAAUCCACUGGCUCAAAGAUGGUCACAACAGGUAGACGAAUAGAUCCAAAUAGUACCGGUAAAGUUCGUCGAAACAUGUCAAAACAAUUUUUAU